AUGAACCCUUCCUCGCAUUCCACCAAAAAGCCAACUUCAUCAUCAAACAUCAACACAGAACAUGAAAAUUCAAACGGGAUCAUGGAUAGACUGUCUGCUGCAUUUCGCUCGCAGACUUCAUUAGCAGAUACAGGUAGUACUAGUAGCAGCAGCAGCAGCAGCAACACCAGCAAACCACCCAGCCUGAGAAAGCGUUCAUCUGGCAGCUUCAGCCAUCUUUACCGGCCCACGUCUUCCACACAAGAUUCUAUAGAAACGGCAUCAAGAAGAAGAGACUCCAAUGGCAUCAACUAUUCCAAUUUCAUAUCAGCCAUGACGGAUUAUCAGCAAAACAAGGGAGAUCAGGACCCUCCCCUCUUUACCAUUAGCAAUAGCAGCAGCGCACUUUUAGCUCCAUCCUCACCCAACAACACAGCCGCAACUGCAACCACAACACCUACACUCAACAACAACAACCGUGGAAGAAUAGCCAAACGAUUAUCAGCCACAUUCAAUAACAACAACAUCAAUACCCCUAUUCAUCAUAAUCCACACGGUAACAGCACAAACGCUUCCAAGGUAUCCAAAGCCAUGAAAGAUACCAAGCCAAUUGAACCCGCUGAACUGGGUCAUUUACUGCAGCAACAAGAUACGAUACACCCACUGUUGAUCGACAUGCGACCCUUGGAGGCAUUUGAAAAAUCGCACAUCUGCGAUUCUAUCAAUAUCAAUGUCCCUACCUUGCUCGUGAAACGCUAUCGUCGAGGUGUGGUCAGUAACUUCAAUCUAGAGAGCUUUAUCACUACGCCCGAGGGAACCGAUCUGUACCGUGCAUGGCUCAAGCGUUACCAGCUGGACGACAUUCAGUUUUUGCCCCAACAUGCUCAGUGUAUCUUAUACGACGAUCAGAUGAUAAACGAUGCCAGUGCAGCCUGGAUUCUCAUGGGUGUGCUCGUUCAAAACACAAACUGUACUGUAAAGUGGUUGCAUCAUGGAUACGAAGGGUUUAGCCACUGGGAUUUCACACAUACAUAUCAACAAGGCACACUGCAUCAUCGAUCUGCUGUAUCUAAUUCACCUCCGGUACCGCUGCCUUCUACCAGCAAGAGCCAGUUAUUCACUAGCAAGCUCAAAAUGCCCGUGCCUAUGGUAUCGCGCAGUGCUACGACACUCUCUCACAAGAACAGCAUGCAUCACAACGUACCCAACAGCAAUGUACAGCGACGAGCCAGUCUGUUCAGUCUAGAUACCACCAGCAUGCGUAAGGGAAAUCACAGCAGCGGCAUUGCAUCCACCAGUGCCUUUCGACAGUGCAACAGUGGGAACCAUCACACCAUGUCGAGUAUUACAGAACCAACUACUGCCAAUAAUCUAUUUUCGCCCGAGGAAGAUGCAUUUCACACACCACUGGAGCAACUGCCAACAAGCGAUGAUCAGCAGCCCAUGAUGACUGCAUUAGGCGACCUCACACCCAAAACAGAGAAUGAAUAUGACUUUGUCAUUUCAGAAAUCAUACCCAAUUUCUUGUAUUUGGGUCCAGAAAUAGUAACAACAGAUCAAGUGAGUGGCUUACGACAAAGAUCUAUAAAACGUGUGCUGAACAUGGCUGAAGAAUGUGAUGAUGAUGUGCCAGGUCUCAAGGAGAACUUUGCCUAUCAGAAAAUUGCAGCCCGAGAUACGGUGGAGAUGCAGAAUGUGCAGGGCACACUUAAGAAAGCGGUGCAAGUGAUAGAUGACUCAAAGAAACACCAUGAACCCAUCUAUGUGCAUUGCAAAGCAGGCAAGUCAAGAUCAGCAGCAGCGAUUCUGGCGUACCUAGUCAUCUCUGAAAACUGGACAUUAAAGAAAGCGUAUCGACAUAUCGUCAAGGCAAGACCCAACAUUUCUCCCAACAUUGGAUUUGUAGCAGAAUUGAUGAAGAUGGAAGAAGUCGUUCAUGGACAAGUGAGCAAUUUUGCUGGGACAGACUGGCAUCUAGCAGAUUUGACAAAUCCACCAAGCCCAGAUACACAAAAGGAGAUGGGUAGACUUGAAAAGGCGUGGAAGAGAGGUAGAGCAUCGAGUAAUGCGAGAUCUAGGAGCACCUCUAGUGUCAGUAAUAGUCGUGUACCUUUUCCAACAUCCACAAGUCAAGUGCAGCAGCAACAGCAGCAGCAGCAACCACCAUCUCAUGGUGAAUUCAAAUAA